AUGGACGCAGACCUGGUCAAAAAGGUCCUGUUCCCGGCUUACGAGCAGAAAAUCGAUGACAACGAUCCGCGCUUGUUGUCCUUCACGGACACACCCGGCCAAGUCCGGACAAAGAUUCGCACAUGGAUCCAGUCUGGCGCCCAGACGGAGGACGACUUCAAAAAGACCAUCGGAGUCGAUCCUGAAGACUAUUGGGCCUACAUGUCUCUCUUAAGCCCCCUUUCUGGCCAAAUGAGCGAUGUUUACAAGAAGGUCUCGUUGUUUUUCCACAAACGAGAGUUGCAAGGCUUGCCCCUUCAGCUCCACAACCCCAAACUGCCAAAGCCAGCAGCUAGCAAAAAGAAGAAGCCAACCAACAGUGCCGCCAAGGACAAAUCCGAUGCCAUGGAGCGUCUUCUUGACACAGGCGACUACAUUCUUCUUGGAGAGGCAGAAGGUGAUGUCGACAUCUUCGAAACGCCCAGGGAGGUGCGACGAAAGAUGCGAGCUCUCCUGGCCAAGGGUGUGACGCAGGCAGCCUUUGCGCGGGCUCUGAGUAACAUGCUCCCAGAGGGUGCUGGCGCUCUCAACCCGCAGACAAUGAAGGCAUUUCUGGCUCAUAAAGGUGUGAUGGAUGGUAACACCAGCAAAGCAUUCUACUGCGGGUAUGUCUUCUUUGAGAAGCAGCGGCUUCGAGAUAACAAGCCCAUGAGUAAACACAGGGAGGCCAUGGAAGACCUUCACCCUACGGGGGUUGAUACUACCAAUAACCCGAAGACCACUCGCUAUAUUGUUUCGGCUUCAACUCGAAGUCUCGGCUACGAUCAAUAUGGUAUCAUGCACUCCUCCCGUUAUUAG